AUGGAGAGAAAGCAUUUAUAUUGUAUCCGUCACGCACAAAGUACAUAUAACCAAGCAGCACUUGAAUAUGAAAACCAAAAUAAAAAGUCACAAAUGCAUGAACUCAAAUGAAACAUUGAGUAUAUGGAUGCAGAGCUUUCCUCAUAUGGAGAAGAUCAAGCUCUUAAUGCAAUCCCAGGAGUUCAUGCCCUUCGAGUUCAAACAGUAUUCGUGUCUCCUUUCCGCCGAGCUCUCCGCACUGCACAAAUUUUAUUUGAAAACCACCCUGAUCAUCCUAAUAUAAUCGUCCAUCCUCUUUUAGCCGAAAAAUUAAAAAACGUACCUGAUGUUUCCGUUUGGCAAGGAUCUCCAUACCCUCAAUUUCCAAAUUUUGAUUGAAGCUUAAUGCCAAAUCACUAUUUUUUAUUUGAUCUUGUAAUAAAUGCACACACAGCUAAACUUAAAACACUCCCAAUUGAUGACAUUCCUAGAAAGCUCUUAAUACUUCACCUUAAAUAAAGCUUUAACGCAAUUUUAUUAAUUUAUACUUUUAAAAGUUACUAUUGAGUAUAGCCUGAGCCUCCUUUUGGCUUGGACUUUCUGUCUUUCCGAUAGAAAUAGGGCACUGGGUCUACAACUCCCCAGAUGAAAAAUCUUCAAUAUGGAUUUUCCAUCUAACGAGUUUGCUUUACAAAAAAAGUCGGAAACCCAACUGGCCAAUUUGAGCUGGAGACAUCAAGAUAGCCAAGUCAAAAGAAGGCUUGGGCUAUAAUUAUUAUAAUUGAAGUUAAAUAAAAAUAUUUAUAUGCUAUCUUGUCCAUUCAUACAGGAAUUUUUUAUAUUUUUAAGUCCUUUAUUCUAACUCCCCUCCAUCCUUGAUCGAACGAUUGACUGUAAAAAUUCCUAAAAAUUGGAAAAUUAACCCCCAUUCUUGAUCGAACGAUUUUCAUAUCAUGCAAAUUUUUAUAUAUAUAAAAAAUAUAUUAUUUAUCAAAAGCUUGGGAGAUGUGCCUAAUGAAGUUGCUGUCAGAGGUUUUGAGAUUACAAAAAGCUACGGAAUCAACCAUCUGAAGCGCUUUAGUCAUCAAUCUGGGCUUAAAAACUCAAUAAUCUAAAAAAUAGAGAUUCUUUAAAAUUUAAAAUUUUUAAUUCAAUAAGAAACAAAUUAAAAUUUAUACAGUUUAAAGGGGUAACCAAAAAUCAAAAUAUUAAAAAUUGGUAUUCUUAUGAAAUUAAUUCAAUUUUUUGCUGUAAAAAUAAUUAUUAAAUAUCUUGACCCUCCUAUUAAAAAUAUAUAAAAAAAAAAUAUAUUUUUUUAUUUUAUAUAUAAAUUUUUUUUAACCCCCAUCCUUGGUCGAACAAUGGCGAGCCGUUCGAUCAAGGAUAGGGGGAGUAAUCAAAAAUAAAAUUAUUAAUAAAAUAGAGAAAAUUAGAAGAAAUGGUUUCAAUGAUUCCAGAAAAAAUCGAGUCUGCGGAAGACAUGUAUAAGAGAGCACAAGAAUCCAAAGAAGUUUGGAAAAAGAGUACUUUAAACGGAAACGUGGCCUUAGUUUCACAUUCUAAUUUUUUCAAAUUUUUCACAAUGAAACAUAAUGAGAAUGGGUCUACUUUCAGAUGGCUUAACAAUUGCGAAAUUUAUGAAUACGAAGAAGUCGAAUGGAAUAAUGAUUUAUAA